AUAUAUUUGUGUUGUUCAGACUUUAAAUUUCAAUACUCUUCUUUCUCUCCCAACCACUUAUAUAUAUACAUAUUUAACUCUCUCAAUCCAUUUCAAAUCAAAACACCGUCCAAAUUUACAAGGUUGAUUCGAUUCGGUGUUUGUUAUUUAGCUUUGAGGAGUUUGGAUUGAAUUUGAAGAAAAUGCAAGCGAGUUUAGUUUCACAGAGUGAAAAUUGGAUGGGUUUUUCAAUGGAUUAUGAUGAAAUUUCAUCGAAAAUGACACAUGAUUUUAGGGCAAAGCUGAAAUUUGAGGAGGAGGAGGAGUUGCGGAGCGAAGGUGUUGUUGUUGUUGAUGAAGAGAAAGCUGAUCAUGGAGAAGAAUUAGAGGUAGAAGAGGAAGAGGAAGAGGAAGAGGAGGAAGAAUUUUCUUUUGCGUGUACGAAUCCAGAUGGAUCGCCGAUUUCUGCUGACGAUUUGUUUCAGGACGGUCAGAUCCGACCGAUUUUCCCUAUUUUUGAUCAAUCUCUACUGUUUGCGGACGGUGAAGAUGGCGCUAGCGGUACCGAUGAUUCGUCUCUUCGUCUUCCGUUAAAGAAACUCUUCAUUGAAGAAAGAUCUCGUUCUUCUUCUUCAUCGUCUUCUUCCUCCGAUGCCGACGAAUUGGAGGCGCUUCCUCCCGGUACUUACUGCGAAUGGUCCAAAAAGGCGGUGGAAGCUUCACCUGAGAUGAACAAGAAGAGUAACUCCACAGGCUUCUCGAAGCUAUGGAGAUUCAGAGAUUUGGUUGUACGGAGCAGUAGCGAUGGCAAAGACGCUUUCGUGUUCCUAAACCCUAAUUCCACUAACAACGCGCCAAAGCAAAGCGUGGAAUCGAUUAAGAAAACGGCAAAAGCUGAGAAGAAAGCGGCGCCAGGAGGAGUAGAGGCUGCGACGAUGGUCAAAGGAAAAGUCAAAGCUAAGGCAAAGAGAGGUGAAACGGCGUCGUCGGCUCACGAAAGAUAUUACGUAAGGAAUAAAGCUAAGGAAGAUAAUAAACACAAGUCGUAUUUGCCUUACAGGCCAGGUGUCGUUGGCUUUUUCACCAAUGUGAACGGUUUAAGCAGAAAUGUUCAUCCUUUCUAAUUAAUUUUAAUUAAAUUUUUUUUGGGGGUGGUUCAAAAUUUUAGAAUAUUAUUAUAUUUAUUAAUUAAUUUUAUGUAAAUGAUUGGAGAAUACUAAUGUUGUUGUCUUUAGGGAUUAAAAAAAAAAUGUGUUAUUUAGACAUAUGGGCAAAAUCAUAAGUAGCCUUUCUUUGUCUAACAAUACUUUUGUUUUGUACACACAAAAUGCAAAUAGAUCUUUUUAUCUUUGCUUUUUCAAA